AUGCCGCUCCAGCCACAAGAACCUACCCACCUCGACACACCUGGCUUCACCGGCAUCCUCCACCUGCUCCUCGAAUAUGCCGACGACAUAUUGCUCCUCCGUCUACUCAACCGCUCUGCACGCGAUGGCAUCGACGCCAAGCUAUGGAGUCACAUAGUCCUCAACGAAGCCACAAUCCAACUCCCCCAGGGCUUCAUCUCGGCAGCCAAGUACACGUUUGACGGUCCCCCCUCGGCCGACGACGACACUGCUGCCCAAGUACUGCGCCUUCCGCUGAACGACCAUGUCGUAGCUCGCUUCCUGCCCUUUGCCCGCAUCGUCGACCCAUCCACAGCCUCCGGGCUACCAACACGGCACUUGGUAACCUCUACCAACAUGCCACGUCUGACGACCGUCCGGCUCAUGCCCGAGUGGGACGCCGGCGAGUCCCAGUUGGACAUAUUCGACGCGCCAGAGUACAUCAUCUACGCCACCUGCCGCCACCCAUGUGGCAUAGUGGACCGCUCACGAGCAUACCCGCCGUCCCUCAAGCGGCUGGUCAUUAACGUCCUCGUCGAUACAAGUGAAGGUAUAUGGCCAGAAGGCGUCGACCUCGCCCCCGGCUAUCCCGACGACAUGCACUGCACCGUCAUCUUUCGCGACGCGUCCUCGGCCACCCCCCUGGGUCCGGAUCGGUGGUACUGGAGCGCGUACCGCCCGCCAGCUAUGGGCACAUUCCGGCCCCUGGCCAAGGCCAUGACCGAGCAGGGGCGCCGCCUGGCAGUGACGUUUGUCAACUUUGAGCUCCUUCGGCCAGAGUGGCUAGGGAUGCAAGAGGACGCCACGGUCCUGGGCCACGAGUACCUUCGUCUUUUGGUGGCCGCGGAGGCGCCCAGAUCAGAGGUCGCACCAUCGUGGGCUGAGGGUGUAGAGUUCCUAACUGUAGCAGAGUAUAUCAGCAAGGUUGGAAGGGAGCGCUUCGCUCUGGAGACUGGAGUGUAA